AUGGGUAAGAUAACAGUAAGUGAAACGAAAGGAAAAGUUCGUCAUAAUCCAUUAUACAAAGAUAUUGAAUCGCAAGGUGGGAAUUUGAGAUCGACUUCAUCUCGUUCACAUCAACAAAAAAAUACUGAAAAUAACGAAGAGCACUUUCUAGAUGCAGCAGCUUCGAGAAAAAUCUUACAGUUGGCUAAGGAACAACAAGAAGAAUUGGAAGAUGAAGAAAAUUCUGGAAAGAAUAGACCAAGCUUUUUAGACACUUAUAGAUCCCAGAGGGAUGAAGAAGAGGAAGAAGAAGAAGAAGAAGAAGAAGAGGAAGAAGAAUACUCUGAAUUCGAAGAAGAUGAGAUAGCCGAAGAAGAAAUAGAGGUAGAUGAAAAAGAUGCUGCUUUAUUUGAAAAGUACUUUGCGUCGAAUGGGCCAGGAAAUGGUUCUAUAAAUUUGGCAGAUAAAAUCAUGGCUAAAAUUCAAGAAAAGGAAACUGUUAAGGAAAAUACCAGUAGGCCAGUUGAUGCCGUAUUGUUGCCACCAAAGGUUAUCUCUGCAUAUGAAAAAAUCGGACAAAUUUUGUCUACUUAUACUCACGGAAAGUUGCCAAAAUUAUUCAAGGUUCUUCCAAGUUUACGUAAUUGGGAAGAUGUGUUGUUUGUAACAAAUCCAGAAAAAUGGACUCCACAUGCUGUUUAUGAAGCAACGAAGCUUUUCGUUUCUAAUUUACAAGCUAAUGAAGCUCAAAAGUUUAUUGAAAUCGUAUUAUUGGAAAGAUUCAGAACGUCGAUUGAAGAUUCAGAAGAUCAUUCAUUGAAUUAUCAUAUUUAUAGAGCAUUAAAGAAAUCUUUGUAUAAACCAGGUGCAUUCUUCAAGGGUUUUUUGUUUCCAUUAGUUGAUUCUCAUUGUUCUGUAAGAGAAGCAACUAUUGCUGCAUCAGUUUUAGCUAAAAUUUCUGUACCUGUAUUGCACUCAUCAGUUGCAUUAGCACAGUUAGUGCAAAGGGACUUCAAGCCUUCUACUACUGUCUUUAUUAGAGUCUUGAUUGAAAAGAAAUACGCGUUACCUUACCAAACUUUAGAUGAGCUAGUUUUUUAUUUCAUGCGUUUCAGAAAAGCGGCUCAAGUGAAUGAUUCAAUGAUAGAUGAAGAAAGAGAAGAACCGCAAUUACCUGUUGUUUGGCAUAAAGCAUUUUUAUCGUUUGCUCAAAGAUAUAAGAAUGAUAUUACUGAUGAUCAGAGAGACUUUUUAUUAGAAACCGUUAGACAAAGAUUUCACCAUGCAAUUGGCCCUGAAAUCAGAAGGGAAUUAUUAGCGGGCAAACCAAGAACACCUCCUCAACCAGUCAAAGAAGCUAUUAUGAUUGAUGCUUUUUAA